GCGGGAGGCAAUACCAACCCCUGCCGCAGGACUUUCUUGGGCCGGCUCCCGGAGAGCGUAGCGGGGACUUGGUGGUGGAAUGGUGUUGAGUGACGGUUCGGCCCCGCCAUCUGGUUAAAGGGACUCGUUCAACACGGAAGUGUCCCGGGGCUGCAUUGUGCUGCAGCUAGAAUGAAGCACAUCAACCUAUCAUUUGCAGCGUGUGGAUUUCUGGGCAUUUACCACUUGGGGGCAGCAUCUGCACUUUGCAGACAUGGCAAAAAACUUCUGAAGGAUGUCAAAGCCUUCGCUGGGGCGUCUGCGGGAUCCUUGGUUGCUUCUGUUCUGCUAACAGCACCAGAAAAAAUAGAGGAAUGUAACCAAUUUACCUACAAGUUUGCCGAAGAAAUCAGAAGGCAGUCUUUCGGGGCAGUAACGCCCGGUUAUGACUUCAUGGCCCGACUAAGAAGUGGAAUGGAGUCGAUUCUUCCUCCCAGUGCUCACGAGCUGGCCCAGAACCGACUGCACGUAUCCAUCACCAACACCAAAACCAGAGAAAAUCACUUAGUCUCCACUUUUUCCUCCAGGGAGGACCUCAUUAAGGUCCUCCUAGCCAGCAGUUUUGUGCCCAUUUAUGCAGGACUGAAGCCAGUGGAAUACAAAGGGCAGAAGUGGGUGGAUGGAGGCCUCACCAACGCUCUUCCCAUCCUGCCCGUCGGCCGGACAGUAACCAUCUCCCCCUUCAGUGGACGACUGGACAUCUCCCCGCAGGACAAAGGGCAGGUGGAUCUGUAUGUUAAUAUCGCCAAGCAGGAUAUCAUGUUGUCCCUGGCAAACCUGGUGAGACUCAACCAAGCCCUUUUUCCCCCAAGCAAGAGGAAAAUGGAAUCUUUGUAUCAGUGUGGUUUUGAUGACACUGUUAAGUUUUUACUUAAAGAAAAUUGGUUUGAAUAAAAUGCCUAAAAGUUUAUAAUGCAAAACACAUUUUAGACAGUUUUUGAUGGAAGUUUCUAAUCAAAUCCUUUUUAGAAAAUCUAUCAAGACUCAAUCUUAUUACUCCUUGUAAUAUUUGUGUUUAUUUUUAAUAUUUGAAAUAUCACUUAGCACAAGGAUAUAAGAGGCACUUUAUUAGAAUUUGAAAAUGUCAUUAAAAAGGAUACACUUAGGUGAUAAGGAAUCAUUUUUGGUGAAUUGUCGCGUCCUUUAAAAAAUGGAGGAGGAUAGGUUCUUUGGGUAAAUUGAGGAACAUGGAAAAUGGAGAGCCACCACUUAGGUGCCAUGGAGAAUAUGUGGCAUGAUCUUGACAUGAAGCAUGGGUAUUUCCAUGACUUAGCUAUGUCCCUGUAGCUCUGGAACUGAGGGAACUAGGUAGGAGAGGAAGGAUUUGAGAAAUAGGCAACUCAUGGUUAAAGACCUUUGAUCAGGACUGGAGGAACAAAGGUUUAUGUAUUAGUCCAUUUUCACACUGCUGAGAAAGACAUACCCGAGACUGGGCAAUUUACAAAAGAAAGGUUUAAUGGGCUCACAGUUCCACAUGACUGAGGAGGCCUCACAAUCAUGGUGGAAGGUGAAAGGCAUGUCUCACAUGGCAGCAGACAAGAGAAGAAAACUUGUGCAGGGAAACUCCCCUUUAUAAAACCAUCAGAUCUCUUGAGACUUAUUCACUGUCAUGAGAAUAGCAUGGGAAAGACCUGCCUCCAUGAUUCAGUUACCUCCCACUGGGUCCCUCCCACAACAUGUGGCAAUUGUGGGAGCUACAUACACUUCAGGAUGAGGUUUGGGUGGGGACACAGCCCAACCAUAACAGUUUGCUUUCCACAGGUGUGUGCAAUUGCUCCCAGUGCAGUUAGGGGCAGAUAUCUAGAAGCCUAGGAGAUUUUCAAGAGGCUUAUCCCCUCUCAUCUUCCUCCCCUAAACCCCACCCCCCAGUUUAGGAGAUUAUCAAGCUGGUUGUCAUUCAUUCUCUCUCUCUCUCUCUCUCUCUCUCUCUCUCUCUGGCCAUACCUCUCUGAGUAUUUAGCUAUUGUUCCGUAUACUGGAUACAUCUAUUAUGGGAACUUAAAUAGAUAAAAUACUACUGAACACAAAGAACCAAGUAGCCUAGUAAAUAAGAAUUAAAUCCAGAAUAAUCAUUCACUUCUCAUUUUUAAAUCAUGUUGUACUGAUCCCAGGUCUUUUACUUUCUGAGUUGUCCAUCACUUUGAGGACUUGUGUAUGGGCUUGUACUCAUUUGCUCACACUGUCUUAAAUCCUAAAUCUGUUUUUAUGAGAUUUUGCCAAGCAUGAACUCUUGAUUACUAAGAGGCAGUUAGAGACAAACCAAUUUAAUUCCAUGUCUUCAGUUGUCACGCAUUUCUUCUUUUACCCUUUGAAACUAUUCUUUGAGUCAAUUUUAUGGUUCUCAGAAGCCAAAAUACACAAUUUUUAGCACAUAAACACACCAACGAUGGCCUCUUUUUGAGGAGCUCUGCACAGACCCACUCUAGAGUAAUGAUGGUCCCUGUGGUAUGUACUUUCUCCUACUCUAGCAAACAUGUAGUUUAAUCUUAAUGUGUUGUUUCCGUAAGCGACAUGAAGUGGAUAGAUUGUCAAUUGUUAUGUCCACUUAUUCACUAGGUAAAUUUUCAACUUUAAUACUUUUCUCCUUACCCCUUCCUUUGACCGUUUCAUGUGAAUAUUCUAUUUGUAUGAUACACUGUAUUUCAAUAAAUUCCUUGUUGAUGUACGCUUAAAUUGAAGAAAUUUAAGCUGCAAAACCAAA